AAGAGCAAUCUGCUCGUUUAUUUGUAUUAGUUUAUGUUUUACUGUUUACUGGAUUUGCUGUGGCUUAAUUCAGUCGGUUUUUAUUAUUUCUUUUUGUUUCACGUCGAAUAACGUGUUUAUUCUUCCUUUCACCUGUCGCGUCUUAAACAAAUCUGACCAUGUUUUAACAUUGUUUGUUGCAUUUUUGAAAACAGUUAACGACAAAAAAGACCAUAAAUUUUUUAACGAUUGAUCAAUUGGGCACACCUUAGAAAAUAAACACAUAAGCAGUCUACAAAAAACGUUUAUCGAGUUCAAAAGCCAACAUUCCAGCCAGAGACCUUCUUCGUUUAAGCAAGAUUUUCUACUUUCAAAUGGAAAAACAGACAAUUGAUUUUCGUUGUCUGCUUUAGAGGAAUUAUAACGUGCUCAUUUAUUUGAUUCAAAGCGAAAACAGCAUCAAAACAUAUUGAGCAAUUGAUCUUUAAUUUUCAACUGAAUGUUUUGAGGCCAAUUUUAUUCAUACCGUCUUAGAUAAAACUUUUGGGCUAAGACUAGAAAACAUUCAUUAAACUUUUUAUCAUAUAUUUCUUGUGGAAAAUGUUAGCCUCGUUUAUCGAACUCCGUUAUCGUCCGACUAGCUUUUGAAAGCCAGCCAAAAAAAUCACCCUUUUUUAAAAUCCGAAAUCGGAUGACGUCACUUCCCCGUGUUUCUCGGUCGACCAAUCAGAUUGCAGAAGUUGAUUUAAUGCCUGAACGCGAGCAAGGCGACACCGAAGAUGCGGAUCAAACUUUGGACGACAUUUUCGGCUCGGCUUUCGGCCAAGACUGGCAGCUGCAGAGACCAACGAGCAGCUUAGAACAAGGAAUGUCGGCAGAGCAGAGGAGGAGCUAUGUGCACUACUUACUCGGAAGAGGGGAGAAAGGGGCUGUCUAUCGCCAACUGUGGUUUCCAGGCACCUCUCUUUCCUUCAGUCUGGACCCCUGCUCCACAGACCCCCCACAGACGCCGAGAAGCGCCUCCGUAAUCGGACAGUACUCCUCGGAGCAGGAAGCACGACCAAUGUCCCGUAACCAUUACUAUGUGGGCAGUUUGGGAGGAGGAAACCAUCGCGAACCACCAGCCACGCCCCACGUUUUCAUCAAGAGGUCAAUUUCAGCAGUUAAAAACGCCCUGGCUCACAACAACCACCAGCAACUAAUGCACUAUCGCCACGAAAACACGGACAACAGCAACGCCGAUGUCAAAACUGAGGCGCCAACACUCCGUCCCAAAUCGGCCAAGACUCUGCGUGAAAUGAGAACAGUUGCCUUGAACGCCGAAGCAGUCAUCUCGAACCAGGUAUUUGACCCAAAGAAAGUACCCAAAACGCCCCGUCCCAUGUCCAACUCAGUUGGGAAGAAAAGGUGCAGGAAUAUAAGCCAACGAGCUUCUGAAACCAAGAUUGUAGUGGAGUCACCGAGGAAAACAGACAAUGAGCACAAUUUAGAGGUAACUGGUGCGCCCUCCCAUCUAAAUGCACAGCAAGUUAGAGGAUCGCCUAGAAAGUCUGCGGCCAGCUUGAACUUGAUCCAAAUUAUCCCACCCUCAGAAGAUCGAGCGGAUGACGAGGAAGUGAUGGCGGGAACUGGAGCGGAGGAGGGGCUGGACGAAACGACCAGGUCUCUGCUGGCAAUUGAGUAUCCAGAUAAUAAAAUGAGUGAUUAUGAAAAGGAGAGCUUCGUUGCUCCUUUGGGACAAAGUAGUCCCAGAAAUGAGCGAAUCAUUGACGAAAAGAACGAAGCUAAUGAAGAAGACUCUCAAAUGAAUAGUUCCAAAAUCAGCGACAACUCCACCAGAAGCAGAGAGUCAAGGCGAAGUAUGAGCCACCAAAACGACGAGUUUUCUACUCAGAGUAGCCAAAAUGAAUCAUUGAAUGAUUCCAGAUUAGAUGAAGAAGUCGGUUUGGAAUGUAGUAGAUCUCCGAGAGAUAGAGCAAAGGACGAAACAACUUCACAAUCGGAGAAGACGCUGGAGGAACCCAAGCUAGUCAGGAAUGGCAAUGAAUCCAACUUUCCAUCUGAGAAAAUGCCACGGCCUAAAAAACAAAACACGCGAGAGAACCAAAAAUCAAAAACAAGUGAAGCGGACCGAAACAUGUCCAGCAACAACGACCUAAACACUACUUUUGAGUCUGACACUUCUUGUGUGCAGCCAUCUGUAAACAGGCCGUACACUGUUCCCGAAUACAAAAUAGAAAAGUACAAUGUACCCGAACUACGCCCGAAAUCGGCAAGUGCUCGUGAAAAAAGUCAAUCCAAACAAGUUUCGGAUUCGGUUCAGAACUUCCACCUACCAAAGGAGGUACAACAGCGCUAUGACAUCAUCAGUGACGAGCCUUGGGGGUUCGAGUCUUACUACGAGCCUCUUUUGCCUGGAAACUAUGAGAAACUAGACUUGGAUUACCUGGCAACUACUAAUGCCAAAGACUGGAGAAACAGUAUUAGCGAUAUAUGCCACCCGGAUGAAGUGGAAGUGGAAACUGGUUUGCUAGAUCGGUUACUCGAAAUCGCAAAACAGCAGAGUGCCACUGUUAAACUAGAAGAGGAGCUGAAGCGGCGACCUCGCUACAUGCGCCCACGAUCCUCGCAGCUGAGCACAGCCGCCUCAGUUGCCAGUGCCGUCGGAACAUGGGGAGACACUUAUGCGCCAGCAACAACGACCUCUAGACAGACACCUCCAGCUCCUCCCAGUCUGCCUCGGGCUCGUUCGGCUCUAGCGUCUCUUUCGUCUCGCUUUUGUCCUGAAUGCAAGCAUAUUCCGUGUAGUGACAGCUGCAGGUACCAAGUUCAACAAACAGGCGCCAGUACAAAAGUGGCGCCACUUUUCAAACGGUGCUACUUGUGUCGCCAAAUGAACUGCCCCGGAAGCAACAACUGUGCCAGUCAUCAGAAAAUGAAGCAGAUACAUAGUGCGCGUUACGAGCGAACAAAGUCGUCGACAUCUAGCAAGUCUUCUGCUGUCGGAUCAGCGGGAUCCGAAGGUAGACCGACAAAUCGACUCCUAGCUAUCGAGUACCAUCAUGACCGAAGUUACGCCACUUCGUUAGCCAAUCAGAAACGACUGAUCAAAAUGACCAACAAAACCAAUCGGAGCUCUUCGCGGCCAAAAUCUGCCGGUUCAAGCUCGGCCCGAAGAAACCAGGCGCGCCAGGAAAACACACUGAGGAAUCAGAGGAAAGAAAUUGGAGUUUGUGAGAGCGGUUCCAGAAGUUCACUCAACCAAGUUGACCUCUCCAAUCACUUAGCCGAUAACCUUGAUUUUGAAAGUGCGCAUAGACCAGCAAAUGGUGGCUACCUUCCUAAACCACCGCCUACUGGGCGAGACAUUUUAACCCUGGAGCAAAGACUGUCGGUUCUUGCGAUGCCAGCCAAUAAGUUGUCCAGAUGUAAAAGCAGUGCAGCACCUGCUGCAAACAACAUGGAGAUCCAAACCUUUAAGCCUCGAAAAUCCAAGUCUCCAAGAAGCACUGACGGAAUGUGGCGCAGCUCCCGUGAGUCGAGAGGCAACUCAAGCAACGGCACUUCCAUAGUUGAACUUUUAGUUCCCAGAAUCGCUGUUCCCAGUCAACCGGAACCGCCUCCUGUUUAUGUUAGCGUAUAUCGAUCUCACAAUGUAGCAACUGGCACUGGAAGGUUCAGAGGAACCAAACGCCUCGGUGGUCGGAUGACAGCAUUCACUUGA